CUAUGGGCCCAGCAUGAAACUCAGACUGUGUGAUACUCUGUCAUGCUCUGACCCUGUUCCGCAUGAUCCCCACAACAUGCCUCGGGUGUGACAGGAUUAGGUUUGAACCGGUUUACACUGUUUUCCUUUUGAUUGGUACUAGGGCAAUAUCUUGAGUUAUUCCUACAUACACUAUAUCUGUUACUGUUCUACUGACUGACCUGUAAAUGCUAUAGUUCCUCUUGUGAGUAAUAGAUAUGGGUGAGAUACUGUUCCAAAAGUUUCCAUCAAUACAGUGCUUGUGUGGCAUCUUUGUGAUAGGCUACUGUAUGUCUGUGUUGAACGUAUCUGUACAGUACACUUAAACUAGAACAAUCUGUUAACAGCUCAAAUGAUCUCAUAAUAUUAUUAGUAGUAUAAGGCUAUCAGUACCCUAAGGUAAACCAACAGCACAUGAUGUAAGUCCCAUGACACAGCCAUUUCACAGGUCUUCCUUAGCAUUGCUCUGUGUUCUUCACACAUUUGAUUAAAUAGAACAGCUUCCACGCCAUGCACAGUGUGUCAAAAAUAACCUUGCCACUCAUAACAUUGACUCCACCAUGGCCUGAAUGUACAGCUGAGAGAGAACCACCCAGUUGUCUGGUUUAAACCACUCUUCAAAAGAAAAGGGUGCUAGAAUGGCCACGGUGGUGUGAAGUGAGUGGGUGUACGUAUCCUCCUCUUAACUCAACCCUUAUACUCCCUGUCUCUCUCUUCCCCUGUCUCUCUCUUUCCCUGUCUCUCUCCCCCUGUCUCUCUCUUCCCCUGUCUCUCUCCCCUGUCUCUCUCUCCCCUGUCUUUUUCUAUACGUGUCUCUCUCUACCCCUGUUUGUGAAGCUGUCUCUCUCUAACCAUCUCUUUCUCUCUACUUCCAUCAGUCCAUUUCUGGGUCACUGUCAUUCUGUCCUCCUCUGAAAAUACCUCGGCCCCAUAGACUUAGAUAGACAUCGCAUCAUUGUAUCUGUCCCAUUAUGCCGUCUGUGGGAGCAUGUGCAGUGCCAUUGAGGCCAUCUCCAUUUUGAAAGUAGUACAUUUUCUUCUUCUACUAUUUCUAUGAGUUGGCAAACAAACUGAAAGGGUGCAUACUGCCACCUGGAGUGUGUUGUUUGAACAGGUAUAAAGGUAUAAAGACAGUAUAAUUCAUUGGCUGAUCCCUCCUGAUGACAUGGAUGGAAUUGUGUGAUCCUUUCUUAACCAAUAGGAAAUCCCUUGCAGUUGACUACUUAAAAAUGGUGAAAGUCCUUAAUGGCGAUGCCCAUGCUAAAACAGGAUUUUGGGCACUAGAGUCCUCUAUCUAUCUCUAUGCUCGGCCCCCUCCUCACACCCCUGUUCCCCCCGAUGACCCUGUGACACACUGACCCCUCCUGACCCGUACUGUUAAAGGCAGCCAGGGGGGUUUGUAACACAGCUAAAUGUAGAAAGGUGCCACAUCUAAGACAGAGGUGGGAAGCAGCAUGGCAGCUUUGUGUGUCAGUACAGCCUGUACGUAUGGGCAUGUUCCAGUAAUCAUACAUGACUAAUAUAACUCAUGACUUUCUGAAGUUACUGAAACUUGGGUGAUGCAUGUGAAGUCAUGCAUUCAUGACUUUGUGUCCUUGAACAAAAAAAGACAUGCUGUUACAUGAUCACAAGGCUGUUAUGAUGGCUAUAUGAUGCUAUGGGGAAUGGUCAAUUACAGGCUUGUUUGACUACCCAUAAAUCAAACCAUAGUAUACAUUAAAAGGACAUGGAGUUUAUUUGGGAAAUUUGAUUACAUUUGAUUUCACAGAGCACAGCAUUGUUAGAUAUACAACAUGAACACAUCUAAGUCUUCAUUGAGUAUAAACAGUCCAAAUAACACAUGUAACACUUUGACUAACUUGUAACAUUGUGUUUAAUAACACUGUGCCUGAAGGUCAAAAAUUCACAUUUUGUAGGAAUGACAAUGUUUCAUGAGGAAGACAGAAAGGAAUGAUAAUGUUUCAUGAGGAAGACAGAAAGGAAUGAUAACGUUUCAUGAGGAACACAGAAAGGAGAUCUUAAAGGAGCUUUAAGUGCUAAGAAGUAAAACCAGACUAUGAGAAGAUCUUAAUUGCAUACUCCUCGUGUCCGCGCUCCUCGUCUCCUUCGAAAAAACCCAUUGGAUUUGAAAGCAAGAGGUCCCACCCCUCUGACCUUCUCCUCCAAUGGGUUUUAAGAAGGAGACAAAGAGCGAGGACGUGAGGAGUAUGCAAUUAAGAUCUUCUCAUUGACCUUAUUUUCCUCCGUUUCAACAUGUUUCUUGUGAGAGGCGGAGGAGGUAACAGAUAGGAGACAUGGGGGACCCCAGAGCACCCAACAGACCUCAGUGGUUCAUGGAAGUGAUACAAUAUCAAAACAGGAAGGAAUUUCACUUGUGUCAGGGUGAGUACCCACAAGGUAGGGCAUCCCUCUCCAACCUAUUUCUCUCUGGUGUUACGACAAUGAUCUCUUCUGAUAUUUUACUCAAUUAUUACAGAGUUAUUAUAGAGGUUUCUUUCUAUUUCUUAAAUCUCCUUGAAUAAAUCGAUAAAUCAAAUAGAGUCCAAUCAUCUCAGUCCAACUCUGGCAGAGCUGGAAGUGGUCAGAAACUAACCAAGAGAAGGACGAAGGUGCAGUACAGUGAUUCGCAGUCCAUUCGUGAGGUAGAAGGGCGGGAGAACAGAGCACAUGAAAAUCCAACCUUUCCUCCCGUACACUGUCACUUCAUCGUCAAAGACUUGACAGGUGAAAACAAUAUGGUGGAAGCUCAUCAUUACUUGGACUGGCUUCACCUGGUGAGAGAGGAAGCGAGGAGAGGACAGAUCUUUCAGACAUGGUUUGGGCUCAGCGGGGAUGGGUAGCAUCUGCAUCCCCUCCGAACAUGUCCUGUGAGGCGUAGGUGAUGUAGAGGAAGCCAUCCGGGUCGCUGUACUGAGAGUAGACCUCUCCCAUACUGGACGACAUGCAGGACAUGCUCCUCUCCGACACCAACAGAUACAGAGCCUGGGUGGACUCCAAGUCAAUCUUACUCCUGAGGAGAGAUAGAGAAUAGGCAGGGGCGGUUUAAUGCAGGGGCUUACCGGGGCUGAAAGCCCUGGGCCCAGGCCCGUGGGGGGCCCAAAAGGCAGCCAAAAAAACAAUGUAAAAAGAACACUUAAUUAUUUAGGAAAUAUAUACUGUAUAUAUUAUAUAUGUAGUUUAUAUUUUAUGUUUUUUCAUUGCAACCACCAACCACAGGAAGACUCAGGAGCCAGCUCUCAAUGAGUGUAGACAGCCUGCUGCUGCCUGCUGCCGCUCUGCUAAUCAUCAGAAGGGGGGAGGAGAGAAGGUAGGGGGCUCACGUGGGUAAAUGGGGGGCCCUGCCUUGAUUGGGUAACUGAUUAAUCAACAACAACAAAAAUCAAAUGCAUAAUAAAUAAAUGUGACUGGUCAAUUAUGUGAGUCAGGGGCUGGGCCCAAGCCCGUAGGGGGCCCAAGAGGCAAAACAAAUACAAAUGAUGUUAUUGUUUUUAUUAUCCUUUUUUAUCCAAUGACAGCAGCCCAUUCUCAAUGUUCAAAAUACACCAGAGAGCAUCAUUUAGCCACAGAGGAUCAAUUGUUCUCACAAGCACAUACAGGUAUCUGCCAAAAUUAAGGAAACACCAACAUAAAGUGUCUUAAUAAGGAUCAGACCCUUUUUUUUUGUAGCUCAGGACCUGAAGCAAGGAUAUGUAUAUUCUUGUUACCAUUUGAAAGGAAACACUUUGAAGUUUGUGGAAAUGUGAAAUUAAUGUAGGAGAAUAUAACACAUUAGAUCUGGUAAAAUAUAAUACAAACCAAAAAACAUGCGUUUUCUAUUUAUUUUUUUGCUCCAUCAUCUUUGAAAUGCAAGAGAAAGGCCACAAUAUAAUAUUGCAGUUUAGGCGCAAUUUUGGCCACUAGAUGGUAGCAGUGUGUGUGCAAAGUUUCAGAUUGAUCCAGUGAAGCAUUGCAAUACUGGACUAUUUUGUAUCAAGUCUGCCCAAAUGUGCCGAAUUGGUCAAUUGAUAUAUUUUCAAGUACGUAACUAUAGAGAACACACAAAAAUGAUAUGGUAAUUCAAUAUGUAAAUUUACACACUCCCAGGAAUGUCAUACAUGAUGGAUCAUUAGCUUAUACACUAACUUUCACACAUCUAGAUGGCCGGGCGGGGUGGGUGUGGAGCCAGAGACAGCAGGGGUUCAAACUGUAGAACCCAGUUCCUACAUUUCAAUAUACAAAUGGAUUUUAUCAAACAAAACUAUGCUACAUUUUAUCUCUGGGACCCUUAGGAUGACAAAUCAGAGCAAGAUUACUGAAUGUAAGUACAUUAUUAUCAAACCAGUUGCCGUGAUACAUUUUUUGUUGUUGUGCACUCUCCUCAAACAAUAGCAUGGUAUUUUUCCAUGGUAAUAGCUACUGUAAAUUGGACAAUGCAGUUAGAUUAACACGGUUCGAUUCCCACGGGGGGCCAGUAUGAAUUUUUUAAAAUAAUGUAUGCACUAACUGUAAGUUGCUCUGGAUAAGAGCGUCUGCUAAAUGACUAAAAUGUAAAAUGUAAAAUUGUUAGAAUUUAAGCUUUCUGUCCAUACAGUUGAAGUCGGAAGUUUACAUACACCUUAGCCAAAUACAUUUAAACUCAGUUUUUCACAAUUCCUGACAUUUAAUUCUAGUAAAAAUUCCCUGUCUUAGGUCAGUUAGGAUCACCACUUUAUUUUAAGAAUGUGAAAUGUCAGAAUAAUAGUAGAGAGAAUGAUUUAUUUCAGCUUUUAUUUAUUUCAUCACAUUCCCAGUGGGUCAGAAGUUUACAUACACUCAAUUAGUAUUUGGCAGCGUUGCCUUUAAAUAGUUUAACUUGGGUCAAACGUUUCGGAUAGCCUUCCACAAGCUUCCCACAAUAAGUUGGGUGAAUUUUGGCCCAUUCCUCCUGACAGAGCUGGUGUAACUGAGUCAGGUUUGUAGGCCUCCUUGCUCGCACACACUUUUUCAGUUCUGCCCACACAUUUUCUAUAGGAUUGAGGACAGGGCUUUGUGAUGGCACUCCAAUACCUUGACUUUGUUGUCCUUAAGCCAUUUUGCCACAACUUUGGAAGUAUGCUUGGGGUCAUUGUCCAUUUGGAAGACCCAUUUGCGACCAAGCUUUAACUCUGACUGAUGUCUUGAGAUGUUGCUUCAAUAUAUCCACAUCAUUUUCCUUCCUCAUGAUGCCAUCUAUUUUGUGAAGUGCACCAGUCCCUCCUGCAGCAAAGCACCCCCACAGCAUGAUGCUGCCACCCCCGUGCUUCACGGUUGGGAUGGUGUUCUUCGGCUUGCAAGCAGCCCCCUUUUUCCUCCAAACAUAACGAUGGUCAUUAUGUCCAAACAGUUAUAUUUUUGUUUCAUCAGACCAGAGGACAUUUCUCCAAAAAGUACGAUCUUUGUCCCUAUGUGCAGUUGCAAACCGUAGUCUGGCUUUUUUAUGGCGGUUUUGGAGCAGUGGCUUCUUCCUUGCUGAACGGCCUUUCAGGUUAUGUCGAUAUAGGACUUGUUUUACUGUGGAUAUAGAUACUUUUGUACCUGUUGCCUCCAGCAUCUUCACAAGGUCCUUUGCUGUUGUUCUGGGAUUGAUUUACACUUUUCGCACCAAAGUACGUUCAUCUCUAGGAGACAGAACGCGUCUCCUUCUUGAGUGGUAUGACGGCUGCGUGGUCCCAUGGUGUUUAUACUUGCAUACUAUUGUUUGUACAGAUUAACGUGGUACCUUCAGGCGUUUGGAAAUUGCUCCCAAGGAUGAACCAGACUUGUGGAGGUCUACAAUUUUUUGGCUGAUUUCUUUUGAUUUUCCCAUGAUGUCAAGCAAAGAGGCACUGAGUUUGAAGGUAUGCCUUGAAAUACAUCCACAAGUACUCCUCCAAUUGACUCAAAUUAUGUCAAUUAGCCUAUCAGAAGCCUCUAAAGCCAUGACAUAAUUUUCUGGAAUUUUCCAAGCUGUUUAAAGGCACAGUCAACUUAGUGUAUGUAAACUUCUGACCCACUAGAAUUGUGAUACAGUGAAUUAUAAGUGAAAUAAUCUGUCUGUAAACAAUUGUUGGAAAAAUUACUUGUGUCAUGCACAAAGUAGAUGUCCUAACCGACUUGCCAAAACUAUAGUUUGUUAACAAGACAUUUGUGGAGUGGUUGAAAAACUAGUUUUAAUGACUCCAACCUAAGUGUAUGUAAACUUCCGACUUCAACUGUAUAAGACAUUUCUAUGUCCUGGAAAGUUUGCUAUUACUUACAACAGUCAUGCUAAUCACAUUACUGCAUGUUAGCUCAUUCGUCCCGUAUACGGGACAUCGAUCCCAUAGAGGUUAAAAGGGUGUUGCAAUACCAUCAGCUGCCAGAACAGCUUCAAUGCGCCUCGGCAUAGAUUCUACAAGUGGACCUAAACCAUGCCAGGAAAAUGCACCCCCACACCAUAACAUAUACUUUGUAUUCCUUGUUUACUCAAGUGUUUCCUUUAUUUUGGCAGUUACUGGUAUGCCUACAGUCGCGAAGGCUGCACUUUGGGCAGCAUGCUAGCUACAGCUUGAUGCUUCGUGGUCAUAGACAAAUAAUCCAAAGAAGGAUUUUGUAACCUCUAACCCUGGCAAUUUGACUGUUAAAAUCAUGGGUACACUAGCAAUGGAUGCCAGUCCUGACUUGAAUGGGAACUGCCAUCUAUGGAUUAUAUAUUUAUAUGGUUGGUUGCGCUUGUCAAUUUGACUUUUGCAGAUUUCAAAAUACAAACGCACUACCAGUCAAAAGUUUGGACACACCUACUCAUUCAAGGUUUUUAAAAUUGUAUUUGUACUAUUUUCUACAUUGUACAAUAGUAGUGAAGACAUCAAAACUAUGAAAUAACACAUAUGGAAUCAUGUAGUAACCAAAAAAGUGUUAAACAAAUCAAAAUAUAUUUGAGAUUUGAGAUUCUUCAAAGUAGACACCCUUUGACUUGAUGACAGCCUUGCACACUCUUGGCAUUCUCUCAACCAGCUUCAUGAGGUAGUCACCUGGAAUGCAUUUCAAUGAACAGGUGUGCCUUGUUAAAAGUUAAUUUAGGAAUUUAUUUCCUUCUUAAUGCGUUUGAGCCAAUCAGUUGUGUUGUGACAAGGUCGCCCCCCCCCCCCCCCCCACCUUGUAUACAGAAGAUAGCCUUAUUUGGUAAAAGACCAAGUCCAUAUUAUGGCAAGAACAGCUCAAAUAAGCAAAGAGAAACGACAGUCCAUCAUUACUUUAAGACAUGAAGGUCAGUCAAUCCGGAAAAUUUCAAGAACUUUGAACGUUUCUUCAAGUGCAGUCAAGUGCUAUGAUGAAACUGGCUCUCAUGAGGACCGCCACAGGAAAGGAAGACCCAGAGUUACCUCUGCUGCAGAGGAUAGUUCAUUAGAGUUACCAGCCUCAGAAAUUGCAGCCCAAAUAAAUGCUUCACACAGUUCAAGUAACAGAUACAUCUCAACAUCAACUGUUCAGAGGAGACUGUGUGAAUCAGGCCUUCAUGGUAGAAUUGCUGCAAAGGAACCACUACUAAAGGACACCAAGAAACACAAGCAAUAGACAGACAGGUGGAAAUUUGUCCUUUGGUCUGGAGUCCAAAUUUGAGAUUUUUGAUUGCAACCGCCGUAUGAGACGCAGUGUGGGUGAACGGAUGAUCUCUGCAUGUGUAGUUCCCACCGUGAAGCAUGGAGGAGGAGGUGUUAUGGUGAUUGGUAUCUGUGAUUUAUUUAGAAUUCAAGGCACACGUAACCAGCAUGCCUACCACAGCAUUCUGCAGUGAUACGCCAUCCCAUCUGGUUUGGGCUUAGUGUGACUAUCAUUUGUUUUUCAACAGGACAAUGACCCAACACACCUCCAGGCUGUGUAAGGGCUAUUUUACCAAGAAGGAGAGUGAUGGAGUGCUGCAUCAGAUGACCUGGCCUCCACAAUCACCCGACCUCAACCCAAUUAAGAUGGUUUGGGAUGAGUUGGACCGCAGAGUGAAGGAAAAGCAGCCAACAAGUGCUCAGCAUAUGUGGGAACUCCUUCAAGACUGUUGGAAAAGCAUUCCAUGUGAAGCUGGUUGAGAGAAUGUCAAGAGUGUGCAAAGCUGUCAUCAAGGCAAAAGGUGGAUACUUUGAAGAAUCUCAAAUAUAAAAUAUAUUUUGAUUUGUUUAACACUUUUUGGGUUACUACAUGAUUCCAUAUGUGUUAUUUCAUAGUUUUAAUGUCUUCACUAUUAUUCUACAAUGUUGAAAAUAGUAAAAUUAAAGAAAAACCCUUGAAUGAGUAGGUGUGUCCAAACUUUUGACUGGUACUGUAUAUUGCCUCCUAGUAUUGUACAAUCUGUGUGUCGCUUCAUUGGCCUGGGCUAUUGUUUGUUUGAAUUCAAGACCAGAUUGAUCUCAAUUUGUCAGAGUAGCCACUCGUUUUUGUGGUAUUAAAAAAGAUUAAGAUAAUGUCUUCUGUCAUGUAAAUGAAGUAUAACUGCAUGAAAUGCGUUUUUAAAAGGCAUGUUUCUUGCGGACCCUGCUAAAAAACAUUCCCUAUGUGUGAAAAUCGUACAAACACCUCUGCUCCACUGUAGCCUAUGCCACAUGGCAAAUGCUAUUAUGGCUUUAUUAUAACGGGGCUUUUCUUCAACAGUACAUUUACAACGCAUCAAAUUGCAUCUUGGUGCACGGAUUUGUUUACAGAAAAUGUUGGUGUGCCGGGAAGAGGGGAGGGAAGGGGGUCUAUGAUUUCUUAAUCCGGCCCUGAGGAUAGGAACCGGGGUUAUCACAGGGUUCCCGUGAAGACAUGGUCAAUCCCAUAUGCACACACAAUAAUCUCGGAAACCACACGCACGCAUGCACACACACGCACGCACGGAUACACACACACGCACACACACACAUACAAACUGUCAGCAAAUGCACUUUGAUUUCCUCACACAUCCUUUUUCACACACACCCUACCAGUGUUCACCUGAGUAGACAGAGGAACUGACCGAAGGUCAGCUCGAAUGGAACCAGGAAUUUGGUCUUGUCCAAUAGGGGAAGGGUCUUCUCAUGGAGGUAACGCUCUACGAUCACCUUCGCAGUUACAGCACACAAAUAGACAACUGUUAGCAUUCCUUGCAUUUGAUUGGACGCAAUAAUUUACCAUAAUGUCAAGAGCAGCAAAAUUACUCACAGGUAACUUGUUUGGGAAUUUAAUACGAAUACUGCACACUUCAUGUUUUCUUGUCGCUAGAAAAAGCAUAACAGAAGAACAUUACCACUUUAUUAUAGACCACUAGAAUCUCUAUUAUAGGGGUUGGAAUGAACCAAAACAUCACGUGACCAACAUUUAUCAUGCGCUAUGAUCACCAUAAUGACAAUGCACCAAGAAGACUAGAGCUAUCAUUUAAAAAUGACUAUAGAAUAGAACAAUAGAGUAGAAUAGAAGCACCAACUAAGGCAUUUUCUUUGCUUGAAAGGCAUCAGCUCCAUAGAUUUGUCGAAGGGAGGCAUUUUUCUUCUCGGGGUGGUUUUGCUUCUUGCUGCGGCUGCUGGCUGCUUGUUGCGCCCGCGGCGGUCCUUGACCCAGGCUGACGGUAGUAGUCCACUCCGGUGAAAGUUGGCACAAACUCCAACUCUUCACCGUUUACCGCUGGCUUUUAUGUCGAGGCGGGCUGCCAUGGGAGGGGUCGAUAUGUGGCUCAACUAUGGGAACAUGCUUACAUAAACAAAUCUUGGACCCACUCCCAGUCCUAAGGAUAUGUUGGGCAUUAGCCCUGGCCUCAUUAUUGGUUCAGAUCCACUUUACCCAUACUGGUUAUCUCAGACCAUUUACAGUUUAUCUCAGACGUUGGCGUCAUGAGGGCUCACGCUCUCACUGUUGAAUAAUAAACUCCAGAGGAUGCGCAAUAAAAAAUAACAAUUGUAUGUUUUUGAUAUGAAGCAGGAAAUGUUGAUAUUUCAUAGGGAUUAAAUAAAUCAUGUAAUGUUUACUCUGUGACUGUAUUCAUGUUUUUUAUUACACACAGGGUACAUUUGAAAACAGAUAUAUGGGGGCAUCAUUCUAGAAUGAUGGGAGUCUGAGUGUAAAUAGUUUGUGCAUUGGGAAUGGAACAUACACUACCAUUGCACAACCCCCAUUGUUUGUCUGCAAGAGUAUGCUGUUUCUGAAGUUUUCACAAUCUCUCUCCUUCUCUCUCUCUCUUUCUGUAACUCCCUCCCUCCAUCCACACACACACACACACACACACACACACACACACACAUACACACACACACACACACUUAUUUGACCCUUGGCUGGACUGAUAGCCAGCUCCAGCUGACUGGGAUUUUGACAGUAGCUUACAGGCAGCUUGGUGGCAAGUAAAACUCUGUAUUUUAUAUUACUGCACACCUACUGUAAUAUGAAUAUGGUAUCAAAGCAAGUACUGUGUAAUGACACAUAGUACAAUACCUCAAAAUUGAUUGCAUUACACUGUCAAAAAGUAAAUGCUACCAUAAUCGGAAUUAAGGAAUUAAUGAAUUAAAUUCGUUGAAGGGAGAGGUUUAUAUUUCACAGUAUUUUACUGUAAUUACAAGGGAUUGGUGCAAGCAGGUUGUCUGCUAGGUUAAGUGUUUACAAACAUUACAGCAUAUUAUUGAAUAUUUGGUGUUUUAUGUCACUUGCACUUCUAGAGGCCGUAGCUCUUUCCUGCAGUCAACUGACCUAGUGGCCUCAUGGGUGGAAUGUUAUUCAUAUUUAUCAUAAUUUCCUAAUUAAUAAACAUUAUUUCAAAAACCCGCCAAAAAUCCAGUGUUUGUAUGUCAAACGGUUUUGUUAUAUUUCAGUUUUCUGUGAUGUAUAUCAAGUGUAAUAUUGGGAUGCAAACUCAACAUUGAAAACAUUUCAACUCGAUCUCUCCCUUUGCAUUGUAUGCACCUUGAAAAACCGAAGUGGGGCUUUAGGGAGUUGUGUAUUUUGUGCUCUAGGUGGGAGAAUGUUGCUCCACUUACAUAAUUUGAGUUUGAACAAUCCCCUUUGUAAUACGCUCAGGCUUGUUUUACAGUGAGAAAACAUGAAUUAUAGAAUUGAUCUAGAGAGCAAAAAAGCUACUAUAGACCAAAACCAAAAUGGCUCUUGGAAUGACCCACAUUUGUAUACCUGUAGGCAAAGAUUGCUCUCUGCUGGUUGAAGGUUGACAUAACAGAGUGGUUUUCAGCAGAGUAGACAGGGGGAGGUGCACCUGUCUGAUCCAAAGGGACAGAACGUAUCCCAUACAGUAACCCUAAAAUGGUUAUUGAUGCAACUGUAACAUUUCAUUUCCAAAGACUCACAAUAAUAAGCCUAGUAAAUGUUUAGACUAAAUAUACUACACUGAACAAAAAUAUAAACGCAACAUGCAACAAUUUCAAAGAUUUUACUGAGUUGCAGUUCGUUUAAGGAAAUCAGUCAAUUUAAAUAAAUUCAUUAGGCCCUAAUCUAUGGAUUUCACAAAACUGGGAAUACAGGUAUGCAUCUGUAGGUCACAGAUAGCUUAGAAAAAGGUAGGGGCGCGGAUCAGAACACCAGUCAGUAUCUGGUGCAGCACGACACAUCUUCUUCGCAUAGAGGAAAUCAGGCUGUUGAUUGUGGCCUGUGGAAUGUUGUCCCACUCCUCUUCAAUGGCUGUGCGAAGUUGCUGGAUAUUGGUGGGAACUGGAACAUGCUGUCGAACACGUCAAUCCAGAGCAUCCCAAACAUGCUCAAUAGGUGACAUGUCUGGUGAGUAUGCAGGCCAUAGAAGAACUGGGACAUUUUCAGCUUACAGGAAUUGUGAACAGAUCCUUGUGACAUGGGGUUGUGCAUUAUCAUUCUGAAACAUGAGGUGAUGGAGGCGGAGGGAUGGCGCGACAGUGGGCCUCAGGAUCUCGGCAAAGUAUCUCCGUGCAUUCAAAUUGUCAUCAAUAAAAUGUAAAUAUAUUCAUUGUCCGUAGCUUAUGCCUGCCCAUACCAUAACCCCACCGCAACUAUGGGGCACUCUGUUCACAAUGUUGACAUCAGCAAACCGCUCACCCACACGACACCAUACAUGCUGUCUGCCAUCUGCCCGGUAUAGUUGAAACCGGGAUUCAUCCGUGAAGAGCACACUUCUCCAGCGUGCCAGUGGCCAUCGAAGGUGAGAAUUUACCCACUGAAGUAAUUUACGACGCCGAACUGCAGUCAGGUCAAGACCCUGGUGAGGACGACGAGCACGCAGAUGAGUUUCCCUGAGACAGUUUCUGACAGUUUGUGCAGAAAUUCUUUGGUUGUGCAAACCCACAGUUUCAUCAGCUGUCCGGGUGGCUGGUCCCAGAUGAUCCUGAAGAAGCCGGAUGUGGAGGUCCUGGGCUGGCGGGGUUACACAUGGUCUGCGGUUGUGAGGCCGGUUGGAUGUACUGCCAAAUAAAAAAAUAAAACGACGUUGGAUGGUAGAGAAAUGACCAUUAAAUUAUCUGUCAACAGCUCUGGUGGACAUUCCUACAGUCAGCAUGCCAAUUGCACGCUUCCUCAAAACUUGAGACAUCUAUGGCAUUGUGUUGUGUGACAAAACUGAGUGGCUUUUUAUUGUCCCCGGCACAAGGUGCACCUGUGUAAUGAUUAUGCUGUUUAAUCAGUUUCUUGAUAUGCCACACCUGUCAGGUGGAUGGAUUAUCUUGGCAAAGGAGAAAUGCUCACUAACAGGGAUGUAAACAAAUGUGUGCAAAACAUUUUAGAGAAAUAUGCUUUUUGUGCUUAUGGAAAAUGUAUUUUAUUUUAGCUCAUGAAACAUGGGACCAACACUUUACAUGUUGCAUUUAUAUUUUUGUUCAGUGUAUUUCAAUUGAGGAGGCUUUGUAACACUUUUUGCAACAAGCUUUGCAUCAUCGGGUUCAAGUUCAAGUUUUAUUGUCACAUGCAGUGGAAUGUUUAACUUGCAAGCUCUACCCAACAGUGCAGUAAUCAAUAUCAAAAUAGUAGAACUAAUAAUAUAUAUAUAUAUAAUAAAGAAAACAUGAGACAUAAGAGAGGAAGCUAUAUACAGGGUCAGUGCCAAUACCACAUUUACAGUGUGCAGGGAUGCUGGAGUAUUGAGGUAGAUAUGUACAUGUAGGCUGGGAUUAGGACAAAGUGACUGGUAACAGGAUAAAUAAUAAUAAUAAUAAUAAUAAUAAUAAUAGUAAACAGUAUGGCAGCAGCAUAAGUGGUGGUGAGUGUGUGUGUAAGAGUGUCAGUGUAUGCGGGAUAUUCGGAUAUACAUGUAAACAGGGCUGAAAAAUGACUGGUAGCAGGACAAUACACUGAGUGUACAAAACAUUAAGAACACCUGCUCUUCCCAUGACAUAGACUGACCGGGUGAAUCCAGGUGAAAGAUAUGAUCCCUUAUUGAUGUCACCUGUUAAAUCCACUUCAAUCAGUGUAGAUGAAGGGGAGGAGACAGGUUAAAGAAGGAUUUUUAAGCCUUGAGACAAUUGAGACAUGGAUUGUGUAUGUGUGCCAUUCAGAGGGUGAAUGUGCAAGACAAAAUAUUUAAGUGCCUUUACAUUUACAUUACAUUUACGUCAUUUAGCAGACGCUCUUAUCCAGAGUGACUUACAAAUUGGUGCAUUCACCUUUUGCUAUGGUGCCAGACGCACCGGUUUGUGUCAAGAACUGCAAUGCUGCUGGGUUUUUCACACUCAACAGUUUCCCGUGUGUAUCAAGAAUGGUCAAUCACCCAAAGGACAUCCAGCCAACUUGACACAACUGUGGGAAGUGUUGGAGUCAACAUGCGCCAGCAUCCCUGUGGAAUGCUUUCGACAUCUUGUAGAGUCCAUGCCCCAACGAAUUGAGGCUGUUCUGAGGGCAAAUGGGGGGUGCAAGUGCAACUCAAUAUUAGGAAGGUGUUCUUAAUGUUUGGUAUACUCAGUGUAUAAAUACUUAUGGUAAUAUACUAGUGGUAAUAUACUAGUGGUAAUAUACUAGUGGUAAUAUACUAGUUGUAACAUACUGUGGUAAUAUACUGUGGUAAUAUACUGUGGUAAUAUACUAGUGGUAAUAUACUAGUGAUAAUAUACUAGUGGUAAUAUACUGUGGUAAUAUACUGUGGUAAUAUACUAGUGGUAAUAUACCAGUAAUAAUAUACUGUGAUAAUAUACUGUGGUAAUAUACUGUGAUAAUAUACUGUGGUAAUAUAGUAGUGGUAAUAUACUAGUGGUAAUAUACUAGUGAUAAUAUACUAGUGGUAAUAUACUGUGGUAAUAUACUGUGGUAAUAUACUAGUGGUAAUAUACCAGUGGUAAUAUACUAGUGAUAAUAUACUAGUGGUAAUAUACUAGUGAUAAUAUACUAGUGGUAAUAUACUGUGGUAAUAUACUGUGGUAAUAUACUAGUGGUAAUAUACCAGUGAUAAUAUACUAGUGGUAAUAUACUAGUGGUAAUAUACUAGUGGUAAUAUACUAGUGGUAAUAUACUAGUGGUAAUAUACUAGUGGUAAUAUUCUAGUGGUAAUAUACUGUGGUAAUAUACUAGUGGUAAUAUACUAGUGGUAAUAUACUGUGAUACUAUACUGUGGUAAUAUAGUAGUGGUAAUAUACUAGUGGUAAUAUACUAGUGGUAAUAUACUGUGUACAUGUAAACAGAAGUAAUAGUGACGAGUAGCAGGAUGAAAUAGAUAGAUACUAAAGGUAAUGGCAAUCAAUAAUCAAUGAACAGUAGCGUAGUGUAAUAAUACAGCUAAUCAAUAAUCAUUUUAGCAGCAGCGUAGGUGAGGGGGAGCAGUAGUUGUUAGCCAUUUAACAGUCUUGUGGCCAGGGGAUAGAAGCUGUUUAGGAGUCUGUUGAUCUCAGCCUUGAUGCACCGGUACCGCCUGCCGGACAGGAGCAUGGAGAACAGUCCAUGUCUCGGUUGGCUGGUGUCUUUGGCAAUUCUUCGGGACUUUCUCAUACACCAUCUGGCAUGAAAGUUCUGGAUGGCUGGGAGCUCACCUCCAGUGAUACGCUGGGCCGUCCUCACCAGCCUCUGUAGGGCCUUCCAGGUCGAGGGCGGUGCAGUUGCCAUACCAGACGGUGAUACAACCAGUCAGGAUGCUCUCGAUGGUGCAGCUGUAAAAGUUCCUAAGGAUCUGAGGUGCCAUGCCAAAACGUUUCAGCCUCCUGAGGGAGAAGAGGCCCUGUCAUGCCUUCUUCAUGACUGUGCUGGAGUGGGAGGACCAUGUUAAGUCCUCAGUGAUGUGGACACCGAGGAACUUGAAGCUCUUGACCCUCUCCACUGUGGCCCCUGUUUCCUGAAGUCCCCGAUCAACUCCUUGGUCUUGCUGCCGUUGGGGGAGAGGUUGUUGUCCCGCCACCACACUACCAGGUCUCUGACAUCCUCCCUGUAGGCUGUCUCAUCGCCGUUGGUGAUCAGCAAAGUUGAUGAUGGUGUUGGAGUUGUGCGUGGCCACACUGUCGUGGGCUAACGGAGUACAGGAGGGGGCUAAGUACACACCCCUGGAGGUCCCUGUGUUGAGUGUCAGCGUGCCGGAGGCGUUGCCUAAUUUUACUACCUGGGGUCGGUCCGUUUGAAAGUCCAGGAUCCAGUUGCAGAGGGGUACCAAGCUUAGUGAUGAGCCUGGAUGGCACUAUGGUGUUGAAUGCAGAGCUGUAGUCAAUUAACAGCAUUCUAACAUAGGUAUUAUAGGUACAUAGGUACCCCCCUUGGGUGAUCCUAAUAUGAAACCAAUAUAGAGGAUUAAGAUGGAAUAUGGUUUGAUAAUCUCCUUAUUGUUAUACAUGUGAAUCUUUAGUCGGCAUGCUUCACUGUAGCCUAUAAUCUUAUGGUUUAGAGAUAAUUAAGUAGGCUAGGCAAUUUUGCCAACGAAUCAUUGGUUGAGCUGGGCGGGAGGAUACAAUCUUGCUAUUGUUGAUUGUCAGAACAUAUGUUGCACUGACUUGUGCUGGACCAUAGCCCAUUGUGAUUGAGACCAAGCUCAUGAGCUCACCAAGCUCAUCAAGCACCGCCGAUUCAGCCGCCACAAUGGCUGGCCGCGGCAGCUGUGUGAAUUCGCUCUGGUCUGGCACCGAGCGGGUUCGGAUUGGCGAGCGUCUGAAAGCGACCCUGGCCGGAAUCCUAGAGCUGGACCUGCUCCGGGGACAACAUCUAGACAUGAUCGAUGCUGAACUGGACCUCAAAGAAACCAGCAGCACCGGUACCACCGUGACUGUCAUCACCGAUCAACAGGAGGAAAACCUCGAGAGCGCAGCAUCCGAUGGCUCUGCGACAUCCCGCAGGCAACAGGUUAGUGUGUAUGUAGCCCUAGAUCUCUUGACAAGAUUGGUCGUUAUUAAAUAUGAAUGCAUUCUGAUCUGCCAGUAGGGUAUUCCAAUCCCGUUCCAUCAAACAGACUGCUGAGCUACGCUUCUCCACUGAUUGAACGAUGGAGUCAUAAGCACGGAGCUACAUUACACAAAGGUGUUUUAUCUGUCCAAUAUAAUUGACAGCAAUCCAUCUGCCUCUACUGCAUCUAAUUCCGUCUUGUAUCAGUCAAGGUUAAGAAGACAAAGGGUGUUAUGGUUCUGUCCCCUUUAUGGAUCUCAUAUGAUGAGUGUCAAUGCCCACAUCUUUUCACAUUCCAGUUUUCCCCAAGGACAUCACAUAGAAAUGUAUCUGUGUAAAGAAUGUACACUGUGGGACACACCCUAUAGAUACAAUCAUACACCUAGGUCAGGUCAUACUGUAGAUGGCAGAUUUCUACUGAGUUCUAUAUUCUGUAUAGGCCAAACAUCUUCUUUGUAAGUAGGCUACUGUAUGGGAAUAUGUUGAUCUUUUUGUGUGAGAUAAAAUUAUUUGAUUGGGAAAGCCCCAUAGUAAAACAACUUGGCACACAGGAUGAAGUAGACCUAUUGAAUAAAGAUCUUGUUAUUCACUUGAACUCUUUCACCAUGGAUGCGGCCUUCCGCUUUCAUUGUACCAUUUGGACAUCUGUUAGGCCUAGUUUGUACAAUACUAAGAAUAUAAUGCAGAAGGCCACAGAGCCCUACACUGCCUCAUAUCUGAGUUUGAAGUCUGAAGCUUAACCUGUUAGUCUGUGUGAACCCCCUGUCCUCAUGUAGGGUAGGCUACCAUGCUGCUUUGUUGUUACAGUGUUUGGUGAACAGUCACUUAACUCCAGUAAUUGGGAAAAGUCAAGUCAUUCCAUUUUAUAAAUCAAAUAGAGCAUGAUCAACUGAUCCAGAGGGAAGGAAUCAGCACAACAUUCUACUUACUGCUUUUUCCUUCUCAGAAACCCUGUGCACCAAUUUAUUUUUUAUAGGUUCCCUGUGGCUUUCAGCAGCAUCCAUCCUAUGCUAUGUUAGAUAGUAUUAGUCAUCACCAACACCAUAGCUCUGUAACUGCCCUUCCAUCCGCCAACGCAGCCCUGAUUUGCAUAUUAAACAACAAAUGGAGCGACAUGUUGCUUCUGCUGUUGUUGAAGAUGACAGACACCCUAUCUGCUGGAAGAGGGGCAACGAGAGAGGAGAGAGAGACGAGAAUGAGAGGAGGGAGAUGAGGAGAGAGGGAGAUGAGGAGAGGAGAGGAGAGGAGAGGAGAGGAAGGGAGGAGAGGAGAGGAGAGGAGAGAGAGGAGAGGAGAGGGAAAGGAGGAGAGAGAGAGAGGAGAGAUGAGAGGAGAGGGAAUGAGAGAGAUGAGAGAGAGAGAGAGGAGAGGAGAGGAGAGAGGAGAGGAGAGGAGAGGAGAGGAGAGGAGAGGAGAGGAGAGGAGAGGAGAGGAGAGGAGGAGAGGAGAGGAGAGGAGAGGAGAGGAGAGGAGAGGAGAGGAGAGAUGAGAGAAGAGAGGAGAGGAGAAAUGAGAAAGGAGAGGAGACGGGAGAUGAAAGAGGAGAGGAGAGGAGAGGGGAGAUGAGAGAGGAGAGGAGAGGGGAGGGGAGGGGAGAUGAGAGAGGAGAGGAGAGAUGAGAGAGGAGAGGAGAGGGGAGAGGGGAGAUGACAUGUAUUGCUGGCCAUAUAUCAACCUCCAGUCUCCAUUUGGACCAUGACAUGUAUUGCUGGCCAUAUAUCAACCUCCAGCCUCCAUUUGGACCAUGACAUGUAUUGCUGGCCAUAUAUCAACCUCCAGCCUCCAUUUGGACCAUGACAUGUAUUGCUGGCCAUAUAUCAACCUCCAGCCUCCAUUUGGACCAUGACAUGUAUUGCUGGCCAUAUAUCAACCUCCAGCCUCCAUUUGGACCAUGACAUGUAUUGCUGGCCAUAUAUCAACCUCCAGCCCAGACAGAUAAACAUCAGAGGGCAUUAUCUUGGAUUGAAACGUCAGGCUCCUCUGGCUCCUCCGCUUCUUCAGUUGCAGUCAACAGAAUUAAUCAAUAAUGCAUAACCAAUGUCUGCCUGCUAGUGCUGUUAAUAAUGUAGCCUACCUUUCCCAACAUGACAUUUUUUUUAAAAGCGUCCCGUUUUGAAAAUAACUUAUAAAGGCUUUAUAGAGCAUUCAUAAAGUGUUCGUAAGCCCUACAUAAAAGCUUCAUGAAAAUAUGUCACAAAAGUAUGUUAUACUUUCAUAUUAUAUAAUCCUUCAUUCUUAUUGGAGUAUUUGCUGUAAUUGUCUGUGCAUUGUGUGUGCGUUGUUCCAUUAGGGAAAAUGGCAGUGUCUCUCUGUCUCACAUAGAAGGAUAUCAUAUUACAGAGCUCUUAGCACUGAGGGGCCCCCACCUGCCUCACUCUCUCUCCUCCUGAUUUGAUCAUACUAUAACUUUACACUGUGGCAACUUUAUGUCCAUGCAGGUGUGGGGGGGGUGGACAUGUGUUUGUACGGUUAUCAGUGUGUGUGUGCACGUGUGUGUGCACACUCGUGCAACUGUGUGUGUGAGCUCGCUUUCUGUGUGUGUGUUUGUUUGCAUGUGCAAGCUAGUGUAUGUGUGAAUCUUAGGGCAUUUGUUAUUUGUCUUUUAGUGUGUGGCAGGCAGGCAGGCAGGCAGGCAGGCAGGCAGGCAGGAUCUGGAUGAGUUAGAUGUUCUUCUGCUAGGUCUGUUGUGUGGGUGGAGAGUGAACAGGAACUGGAGCAUUUGCACAUCGUUACAACACUGUAUAUAGACAUAAUAUGACAUUUGAAAUGUCUUUAUUCCUAUGGAGUGUAAUGUUUACUGUUCAUUUUUUAUUGUUUAUUUCACUUUUGUUUAUUAUCUAUUUCACUUGCUUUGGCAAUGUAAACAUAUGUUUUCCAUGCCAAUAAAUCCCUUUCAAUUGACAUUAAUUGAAUUGAGAGCAGCUGUAGCUAUGGUGAGGAGGGGGUGGCUUGAAGUUAUUAUGGGGGUUGAGGCGGGGGGUGGGGGGUAUCCAUCAAGGUGCCUCUUUCACACACUUGUUCCCUCCCUGACUCACUCACUCUUUCACUCCCCUCUUUUCACUCUCCAUUAGCUCCCCCACUCUCAAGCACCCGCUCACUUCCCAUUAUAAAAUGACUUUUCUAACUUCAUAAAAUGUGGAAAAAGUAGCAGAAGAGAGAGGAGACAGAGAGAGAAAGAGACCCCCCUGUCACCCCCCUUUCAUUCACCCUGUCACCCCCCUGUCAUCUCCCCUGUCAUCCCCCCUUAGUCAUGAAUUGGCUAUUGAGGAGAAAGAAUACAUUACCUUCACAAGUGUUCUAGAACUUCCAGUAAGGCUGAUGACAUCAGUGUUUGGUAAAUAAGAACAUUAGAGAUCCAUUCUACACCACUCUCUAAGUAUCAUCUCUUUAAAGAUGUGUUGUGACUUGAACACCCCUGUUUUCUGUUUUCUGUCUUUCAGGUUUCCUUUCCUCCUUCAGAAACAGCGUUACCGUGCCACACCAGCACAUUGGACAAGGACAGUGGGGAGAACUCUGGAGGAGAUGGGCCGGUUCAUUCCAGAGUUGAUGGGGGUGGAGGGGAUAACUCACGCUGGUCCACCCUCUCUUGGGAUGCCCCGUCUGACCUGCUCUUACCCCCGGACCUUGAUAGUGCAGUCCAGCUGGAGUAUUACUCCAGGCACAGCUCAGGUACUGGGCUGUGUGGUUGUGUGAUUGUACCAUGGGGGGUCAUUUGGGGGUGGUCUGUGACACUCAUAGGGCUUUGGCCAGGGCCGGACUACCAAUUCUGGGGCCCCGGAACACCUACAGUACCUCCAGGGCCCCCACCCGAAAAAGCAAUGGUUAUGACGUGUUCAUAUGCUAUCUGGGGGGGUCCCGACCUCCAGGGGGCCCACAACUGAUGUGUUCAUAUGCUAUCUGGGGGGGCCCGACCUCCAGGGGGCCCCCAACCAACGUGUUCAUAGUAUGCUUUCUGGGAGGCCUGACCUCCAGUGGGCCCACAACCGACACAUUCAUAUGCUAUCUGGAGGGGCCCUGACCUCCAGCCCUGCAUGCCCAUUCGGUAAUCUGGCCCUGCCUUAACCAACAAAGCUUCUCACCUUCUGAGACAGUUUUGUUUACUUUGUGAGAUGCCAUGUUGCAAAGCCAUAUUAAAUACAAACCCUCUCCUCUCCCUGUUCCUUUAUUUACUCCUCCCUUGUUAUCUUCUCAACACCACUUAAUCACUCUUUCUGGUGACCACCUUCUCACUCUCUCUCUUGGCCUACACUCCCUCUUGCUUUCUCGCUCUCUAUUUAUCUCUCUCUCCCCAUCUCUCUUCCUCCCUCUUUAUUUCUCCCACCCUCCCUCCCUCCCUCUGUAUUUCUCCCACCCUCCCUCCCUCUGUAGGUUUUUAUUCGGUCAGUGGCAGCUCCCUAUCAGACUCCUGCUACUCUGUGUCCAGUGAGGCAGCCAUGGCCCAGGGGGGUCCAGUUCCAGGUGGGCUAGUCCGUGCUGGACCAGGACCACCCUCAGGGGGAGCCUUCAGGCUGUGGGAGCAGCGGCCCCUCUCUGCAGACCACAGUGACACCCAGUGGCCGGAGGCCGCGCAGCAGCCAAGAACUCAGAGCAUUGAGGAGACCACAGAGAUCGCUGAUAGGAGACCAGUGCCUACGGGUCAGAUAUAACACAGAUAUAACACACAUACAGUGCAUUCGGAAAGUAUUCAGACCUCUUUACUUUUUCCACAUUUUGUUACGUUACAGCCUUAUUCUAACAUUUAUUAAAUAAAACAAUUUGCUCAAUCUACACACAAUAACCCAUAAUGACAAAGCGAAAACAGGUUUUUAGAAAUUUUAGCAAAUUUAUUGCAAAUAAAAAACAGAAAUACCUUCUUUACGUAAGUAUUCAAACCCUUUGCGAUGAGACUCGAAAUUGAGCUCAGGUGCAUCCUGUUUCCAUUGAUCAUCCUUGAGAUGUUUCUACAACUUGAUUGGACAUGAUUUGGAAAGGCACACACCUGUCUAUAUAAUGUUCCACAGCUGACAGUGCAUGUCAGAGCAAAAACCAAGCCAUGAGAUCAGGAAUUGUUCGUAGCGCUCCGAGACAGGAUUGUGUCGAGGCACAGAUCUGGGGAAGGGUACCAAAAAAUGUCUGCAGCAUUGAAGGUCCCCAAGAACACAGUAGCCUCCAUCAUUCUUAAAUGGAGGAAGUUUGGAACCACCAAGACUCUUCCUAGAGCUGGCCGCCCGGCCAAAAUGAGUAAUCGGGGGAGAAGGGCCUUGGUCAGGGAGGUGACCAAGAACCCGAUGGUCACUCUGACAGAGCUCCAGAGUACGUCUCUGGAGAUGGGAAAACCUUGCAGAAGGACAACCAUCUCUGCAGCACUCCACCAAUCAGGCCUGAAGGGUAGGGUGGACAGACGGACGCCACUCCUCAGUAAAAGGCACAUGACAGCCCGCUUGGAGAUUGCCAAAAGGCUAAAGGACUCUCAGACCAUGAGAAACAAGAUUCUCUGGUCUGAUGACACCAAGAUUGAACUCUUUGGCCUGAAUGCCAAACGUCACGUCUGGAGAAAACCUGGCACAAUCCCUACGGUGAAGCAUGGUGGUGGCAGCAUCAUGGUGUGGGGAUGUUUUUCAGUGGCAGGGACUGGGAGAUUAGUCAGGAUCGAGGGAAAGAUGAAAGGAGCAAAGUACAGAGAGAUCCUUGAUGAAAGCCUGCUCCAGAGCGCUCAGGACCUCAGACUGGGGCGAAGGUUCACCUUCCAACAGGACAAUGACCCUAAGCACACAGCCAAGACAAUGCAGGAGUGGCUUCGGGACAAGUCUCUGAAUGUCCUUGAGUGGCCCAGCCAGAGGCCGGACUUGAACCCGAUCAAACAUCUCUGGAGAGACCUGAAAAUAGCUGUGCAGCAACGCUCCCCAUCCAAACUGACAGAGCUUGAGAGGAUCUGCAGAGAAUAAUGGGAGAAACUCCCCAAAUACAGGUGUGCCGAGCUUGUAGCGUUAAACCCAAGAAGACUCGAGGCUGUAAUCGCUGCCAAAGGUGCUUCCAUAAAGUACUGAGUAAAGGGUCUGAAUACUUAUGUAAAUGUGAUAUUUCAGUUUUUGCUUUGUCAUUAUGGGCUAUUGUGUGUAGAUUGAUGAGGGGAAAAAACUAUUUAAUCAAUUUUAGAAUAAGGCUGUAACGUAACAAAAUGUGGAAAAAUUCAAGGGGUCUGAAUACUUUCCGAAUGCACUGUACGGGCACAUUCAAAUGCACUCACUUACUCUUCAGUACAGUUCAUCUGUAUUUAACCAGUAGAAGCCAUUCAGCCAUAAUUGUCACUGUUUUCCAGAGAGUCCUGAUACCAUAGUCCUAGAUAAAUGUCACUGUUUUCCAGGGAGUCCUGGGACCAUAGUCCUAGAUAAAUGUCACUGUUUUCCAGGGAGUCCUGGGACCAUAGUCCUAGAUAAAUGUCACUGUUUUCCAGGGAGUCCUGGGACCAUAGUCCUAAAUAAAUGUAAAUGUUUUCCAGAGAGUCCUGAUACCAUAGUCCUAGAUAAAUGUCACUGUUUUCCAGGGAGUCCUGGGACCAUAGUCCUAGAUAAUUGUCACUGUUUUCCAGAGAGUCCUGGGACCAUAGUCCUAGACAAUUGUCACUGUUUUCCAGGGAGUCCUGGGACCAUAGUCCUAGAUAAUUGUCACUGUUUUCCAGAGAGUCCUGGGACCAUAGUCCUAGACAAUUGUCACUGUUUUCCAGGGAGUCCUGGGACCAUAGUCCUAAAUAAAUGUCAACGUUUUCCAGAGAGUCCUGGUACCAUAGUUCUAGAUAAUUGUCACUGUUUUCCAAGGAGUCCUGGGACCAUAGUCCUAGAUGUUUAUAAAUGUUUUCCAGGGAGUCCUGGGACCAUAGUCCUAGAUAUUUGUCACUGUUUUCCAGGGAGUCCUGGGACCAUAGUCCUAGAUAAAUGUCAAUGUUUUCCAGGGAGUCCUGGGACCAUAGUCCUAGAUAAUUGUCACUGUUUUCCAGAGAGUCCUGGGACCAUAGUCCUAGAUAAAUGCUUUUGCUUCUUUAUAAGCUGACGGACAUUCAUCAACUUUCUGCCUCUCGUCGUUUGAUCUCAGGUGAGCUGGAACUGAACAGCCUCCUCUUCUUGUCUGACCUGUGCUCCAGCCUGGGCGACCCCCAUCCCGGCUCCCUCCUCCCACUCCCUGACCCCCGAUCCCCAACUCGACCCCAGGUUCUGUUCUGACUUGGUGUCCCGGAGGACCAAGGAGGUGUACCCGUACCCCAGCCCCCUCCAUGCCGUGGCCCUCCAGAGCCCCCUCUUCACCUACAGUCAGGACCUCUCUCCCUCCCCUUGCCUCUUGCCGAGUCCGGACUCCUCUACCCAGGCUGAAGAAUCUCAGUCCACUCCCCUCUUCUGGCCCCCCCAGCCUCCUCACCCCUCCACCUUCACCCAGCUGGAGCAGUACAUCACCAGGCUGGCUCGCCAGUACCGCAGCCGGGUUGCCCACCCUGACACCACCCUUACCGCCAUCCCCGGGCCAGGCUCCCACAGGGGCCCCAGAACCCCUGGCCACGGCUCCACUCAGUCGCUGUCGGCCUUCGAGAGCCGCAGUACCCCCUCCAACCUGACAGGGGGCAGUGUGACGCCCUGCAAGUCCUUUCUGGGAAACUCUGCACGGGUCAGCCUGAGUAGUAUCGGUAAGAAGGCCAGUAGGAACUCCAUCAACCUGGGCCACCUGCCCUCAGUGACGGGAGAAGACCUCAAAAUCAACCUCCACCUCAACCUCAACCUCAACCUCAGCCCCAAUCUGAACAAAAAACUGGAUUUGGACUCGAAAAACUCCAAAGAAGGUAUUAGCACUAGCACUAGUGGUGGAUUAAAGAGUGACCAUGCUACCCCCACUGCCUCCCCCUCUCCUUCCACCUCCUCCCUCUCCACCGCCGCCACUCCCACCCCUGCCCUGAGGGCGCGGCCACGCAUCUCAACCUGUCCCUCCAACCUCAAUCACCGGAGCUCUCUGGAGGUCACUGGGUCAGGGGCUGGGUCAGGGCUAGGGUUCUCCCGCUCGCUGGACUGGAGUGGAUUGGAUUCUUCACCAGGGAAAGUCGCAAUGAGUCAACCCAGCAUCAAUGCCCCGGACACCAGCCCUAGUAAGCUCAGCGAGGACUCGGCAAUGGUGAGGGAGAUCUCCCGUCUCUCUGGCCUGCCCUGGGCUGUGGUGGUGGGCCUGAUGGAGCAGGGCGUGGAGCUGGAUGUCGACUGCUUUCAGAGCGACACCGAGAGAAAAGGUCAGGGGUCAGAGUUUAAAGGCCAAAGCUACUCCCCUUCCUCUCGCCAGACAGCCCAGAAUGAUCACCAGUCUCAUCAUCAUGAAUAUUCCAGCAUCCGCCACCUCCACGCCAGUAACGAGACUGACCUUGACCCCCAGAGGCCGAUCCAUCUGUCCCUCAGUGUCACCCACUCCUCACAGUCCCACUCCGGCCUCACUCCUCCCAACUCCUCCAGUUCCCAUUCCAGGAGCCCCAAUCACCCUUACCAGUCCACCUCAACCCACCUACCUACCCAUCAUCAUGUCACCCACCACCACACACACACCUUCCACUGCCAACAAACCCCUUCGCCAUCUGACCCCUCCUCCACCGCCUCCUCCCCCUCGUCCCGUGACCGCCCCAGGGUACGCUCCCCACCCCGCCCUCUCCAGCCCUCCCCACUCGCCACUACUCCAUUCUCUGUGUUCCGACGGGAUGACCCAUUCCAGUGCGCCCUGCCAGGGGGCAGCAUCCGGCCCAGAGGGGGGUCGCUACGGCAGUGUGCAGGGGGUGGAGGUGGUAGAUGGAGGGUAGAUGGGGAGGGAGAAGGAUGGGAGAGGGUGGAUGGGGAGGGGCUCUACCAGGGGAAGCAUGCGUCGAGGGAGUUGGUGAGGGCAUCGACGGUGAGCAGCUUCCACAGGAAAGGGAGGUGCUACAGCAGCAACUGUGAAGAGGAAGGCAGUCACGGUGCGGCCCAGACGCCAAAGAAGGGGGUGGCCAAACUCUGGAGGGGCUUUGAAGGGCGUUCAUGGGGGAAAGAGGCUGAGGAGGAGAACAAGGAGAUGUGGAAGAGAGAGGGGAUCAGGAGAAAAGAGAAAGAUUACCAAAAGGAGAAGCAGCAGGCCAACAAAGAGACAGAGAGGCGACAGAAAGAGAGCAGUGCCUCAAAACGCAAAGGGAAGGGUGGUGGUGGUGGCUGGGACAAGCGUAGCUCCAGCCUGAGGCUGUCCAGACAGGCUCUGUUCCGCAGUGAGUCCCAGGGGGAUGUGCUGGAUCCUCGAGCCCUAAAAGAGGAGCAUCUGAGGGGGGCACAGUGGACCUCCUCCCUGGACAUCGACAGGGGCAUGGAGCUCAGCGUGGAGGGGGUUUGUCCGUUGGCGUUGGGAGGAAGAGAGGAAGAAGACAAGCGCUUGUCCUCUACUGCCAGCCUCUUCCACCUCUCUCGCUCUCAGAGUCUGGAGGGUAGCUGUCCCUCCCUCUCUUCUCCUCUCUCCUCCCCAUCAUUCUCUCCAUCCCCUCCUCCUUCUCAGCAACCCCUCACACGCUCACGCUCACUGAGGGACCUGAGUAAAAGGGUGUUUAGCUCAGUGAGGUCUCUCAGUUUGAAACACAAGACGUCGAGGAAG